AUGUGCUGGGCAACGGCAAAGAGAACUUGUUGUCAGCCCAAUCCCGCAGCGCUGCCUCCCGCAGAGGCGGAGAGCUGGCUGGCGGCGCGGGGCGCGGCGCCAGGAAUAGAGCGCGCGAUCGCGUGGGCCGCACGCGACGCCGACGAUGCUACGCGCUACCUGUGUGCGCCCCACUGUGUGUGUGUGUGUGUGUGUCGGCGGGGCGGGCCGCGGCGGGGCACGCGACGGCGCCGUCGUCGUCGAUUCGAGGUGCGGCGCAUGCGCCGGAAGUGGGGCGCCCGCCGCGCUGCUGAGCCGCGGACGCCAGUGCGGACGCGCGGCCUGCCCACUCGCGAGAGCCGCGAAUGCACACCUCAAUGA